AUGUAUAAUCAAUCAAAGGGAUCUAACGCCAAUAAUAAAGUUUUUCAUAUAAAUUCUUCUAUUGAAAACGAUAGCAAUAUAGAUUCUAUCGUUAAAAAAUUCUGGGAAUUAGAAGAAAUUCCGAAAGAAUCGACAAAAAUAUAUUCUGAAGAGCAGCAGGAAUGCGAGGAAAUCUUUAGAAAUUCAGUACGACGUUUAUCGUCAGGACGAUUUGAAGUCUUAUUGCCUUUCAAAUCUGAUACAAAAUUGCUAGGUUCAUCUUUCGAAACCGCUAAAAGAAGAUUUAUUUCAUUAGAACGAAAACUUUCUAAAAAUAAUGAAAUCGAGCAAAUGUAUCAUGAUUUUAUGAAAGAGUAUUUCGACUUAGGUCAUAUGUCAAUUGUAGACAAAAUACCAGAUUUUCCUUAUUAUUUCAUUCCACAUCAAUGUGUAUUGCGACCUCAGAGUAGUACUACUAAACUUCGAGUAGUUUUUGAUGCUUCAUGUCGAACUUCUACACAUGUAUCACAUCUGUUAAUGGUUGGUCCCACAGUGCAAGAAGAAUUAUAUUCGACAUUGAUCCGUUUUCGUUUUCAUAAAUAUGCGAUCACUGCAGAUAUUGAAAAAAUGUAUCGUCAAGUUUUAGUUGGCGAAAACGAUAAAAAUUAUCAAUUGAUCCUUUGGAGGCAGAAUCCAUCUGAUAGUUUGAAUGUGUUUCGCUUAAAUACUGUGACUUAUGGCACAGCAUCUGCACCAUUUUUAGCUAUCAGAUGUUUGAUUCAAUUAAGCGAUUUAUACAAAUAG